GGCAUAUUGAGGGACUCUUAUUUUGAAACAUAACCCCGCCUUGAAUCAAACACUGUUUGCCUUUAGCCAUGUUAUUGUUUUCAUACCACAAAUCUUCCACGGAAGGAUUCAUAUUUGCCCUUUAUAGUAGAUCCUAGAAUGCAUCCAUCAUAUCAAUGCCUUAAGUGAUCUGUGCUGUCAGCAUGAAUGACAUGAACCUCAGCCCCGUGGGCAUGGACCAGCUCAGUGUGCCGCCUGUGAGUGCAAGUCAUCUCUGCCUCCCCACAUCCCCAACACACAAUCCCAUCACCACUCAAGGCAUGCCAGUCGCUAUACCCAGCUUGGGUCCAUCACUUGGGCCUCUUCCUUCUGCACUGUCCCUGAUGUUACCCAUGGGUCAUUUAGGCGACAGAGGCGUUAUGUGUGGCCUUCCAGAGAGAAAUUAUACAUUACCACCUCCUCCAUACCCACACCUGGAGAGCAGCUACUUCCGACAUAUCCUUCCAGGUAUUCUGUCAUAUCUGGCAGAUCGUCCUCCUCCCCAGUACAUUCAUCCCAGCAGCCUUAACAUGGAUGGGACUCUUUCCGUGUCCAACAACAACCCAUCUGGCUUAGACCCAUACAGCGGCCACGGCGGCCCUCUAGAACAAGGCCUGGUGACUCUAGACACAAGACAGGUAGGAGGCCAGGCUGAUCUCCACCAAGGAGGCUCUCACGAAGUGCAGCUGGAUGCCACCGGGUUAACCAUGGAGUCACGUGUAAGUAGUCCGAUGUCUCCUGAUGGAAUGGAAGAAGACUUGGCCACCAUGGAGGGUGUCGUGGUGGCAGAGACCCAGCAGCAGCUAGGUACCAGACCUCAGCCUCAUGAGGGUUUGGCAGGUGUGGACUCCUCAGGAGGUGUUAUGCCCCUGCAUGGAGCAGGGCUGGAGCUCCCGGUGGUGAUGGAGCAGGAGCAUAUGGGCGGCAGAGUAGGAACCAACAGUACAAGAGCAGGCGGUCCAGGGACGCUGAGUGAAGCCUUGCACUCCACUGGAGAACUGAGCUCUGGGGUGGUUAGUGUGGUGCUCACAGGGGCCAUGCCGCCACAGGCUCAGCUAGAAGCAGUAUCUCUACAUGGACCUUCAGGAAUGGGACUUGAGUCUGUUAACGUGUCACCCAUCACUGCAGAAGUGUCUCUUGGACCGGACAACAGUCUGGUGCUGGUGAACUCUACCUUGCAACUAGAAGACUCAACUUCUAACAAGGAAAACAUGGCUACUGCCUUCAACAUAUGGUGCACUUUAUGUGAACGGUCAUAUCCGUCGGACUGCCCUGAGCAUGGACCUGUCACAUUCAUCCCAGACACACCCAUUCAGAGCAGAGCCCGCCUCUCUCUGCCCCGCCCCCUGUGCCUCCGCAUUUCUGUAGCUGAUGAACCCAUUGGUGUGUUUGCUAGAGAGACCAUACCCUCCAGGACCUGCUUUGGGCCGAUGGUCGGACAGCACUGUAGCAGUGUAGAACUUACAGACUGGUCUGAUAAGGAUACUCCUCAAAUAUGGAAGAUAUUCCACAAUGACAUCCAGGAGUUCUUUAUUGUGACGACAGAUGAGCAUGAAUGCAACUGGAUGAUGUUUGUACGGAAAGCAAGGACUACAGAGGAGCAGAAUCUUGUGGCAUAUAUUGGCAACGGGAAGCUGUAUUUCUGCACAUCCAGAGAGAUUCUGCCAGAUCAGGAGCUGUUGUUCUAUUACAGCAGGGACUACAGCAGACAGCUAGGUGUGCCCAGAGUGCCAGAGGGCCAGAUAUGUCACUGUGGAAAAGAGUGUGAUUCCUUCACGGAGUUGAAAUCUCACCUCAGCAGCCAUGCCCAGAGCCACAGCCCCACCCAAGACCACCCUGCUCAUGCUACACACAACCAAUCCCAGUCGCAGGAGAAGGUGACCAAUGAGCCGUCCCGGUCCGCUUCCUCCCCACAGUGGCAGUGCCACUCCGAUGUGCAUGAACAUUCCAGCAGCAGUAGCAGCAACGGACACGGUCGCGAGAGGAAGUUUAAAUGCAGCAUGUGCACACGCGCGUUCACUACAUCCACUAAGCUAAAUGUGCAUUUCAUGGGGCACAUGGGCAUGAGACCACACAAGUGCAGCUACUGCAGCAAAGCCUUCAGUGAUCCCAGCAAUCUCAGAAAACACCUGAGAAUCCACACAGGUCAGAAGAACUUCAGGUGUACAGUAUGUGGGAAGUCUUUCACUCAGAAAGCACAUGUGGAAUCUCAUAUGGUUAUACACACUGGUGCCAAGAACAUUAAAUGUGACCAUUGUGACAAGAUGUUUGUGAGGAAACAAGAUCUCAAACAGCACAUGUAUUCACAUUCACUAGACCGCCAGAUAACUUGUCCAAAGUGUGACAAACAAUUCUUAAAGACCGACCAUCUCAAAAAACACUUGAACUCUCACGACGGGAAACGGGACUUCAUCUGUGAAAAGUGCAACAAGGGCUUUCUCACUAAAUACCACCUCACACGCCACCUCAAAAUCUGCAAGGGUCCUAAGAUCGGUCGAGGGGCAGCGCAGGGUGAGGAAGGGGAGGAGGAGGAAGACGAGGAGGAAGAGGAUGAGGAAGAAGAGAGGGAAGCUGAAGAACAGAUCAAUCCAGCCAACGAGGAGGACUGUGGAAUAGGCAUGAGAGGAUAUACUUCAGAAAAAACUAUGUAACUUCACUCUUAAAUGUAACAGGAUGUAGUUAAACCUUGUCACCUUGUCUAGCCUAUUUAUUUGUCCUUUUUUUGUGUGUUCUUGUUCUACCCCUCAUCCUUUAAUUCCUGUUGCCAAAAUUUAUGUAUCCCUACAUCAAAGGGCCAACAGAAAUGUAAUUAGAUUUAAAUUACGCAUUACAUAUUUUCAAGUCAAGUGUCACUGUUAAAUUUAUAAAUUAGACAUUGCCUUUUUGUAUAACCUGUUUGUUCAGUUUAUUAGUUCACAGCAGCCAUGCCUAUUCUGUACUCUAUUUAUAUUGUAAAUAAAUGAACGUUACAUUUUACACGCAAA